CGAUUUCCGCAGCUACAAAAACUCUCAGCCACCCACAUUUAUCUCGCAUCGCCAACUCCCUCUCAUCCUCACCUCUCUCGCAUUCCACUUCUCGCACCUCAGCGCUUCUUCAAUACCAUCACAAUGCGCUCCUCUCUCCUCCUCUCCGCCGCCGCCCUCUGCGGCAUCUCCCUCGCCCACUUUGAGCUCAAGUACCCAGACUCGAUCGGUUUCAAGGACGACGACGAAGACAAGGCCCCCUGCGGCGGUUUCACCCCCGACCUCUCUAAGGCCGACACCGUCGACUUUCACGUCGGCGGAGAGGCCAUCGCCGUCCGCUCUACCCAUCAGCAGGGCAACUGGCUGUUCCGCGUCACCACGGACGAGAAAGCCGACGGUGAUUGGGAGCAGCUGUUUCCCAUCGUUCAGCAGAGUGGACUUGGUGAUUUCUGUCAGCCUCAGGUUACCGUGCCGGAAAAGUAUGUUGGCAAGAAGGGAUGGGUUAAUGUUGUUUCUUCUGCCGUCGAUGGUCUCCUCUACCAGUGCAUCGCCGCCAACUUUGUCAAGGGAAAGGCCGAGCCCCCCAGCGAGUGCAGAAACGCCUCCUCGGUAAAGGCCUACUUCACCGACGACAAGGCUCUCGAGGCUCUCGUCGGCGACAGCAGCAACAGCAGCUCUGAGACCGGCUCUGCGAGCUCUUCUGCCACUAGCUCAGCUGCUUCUUCCACCGAGUCUGCUGAUGCUGCCGCGGCUCUGCAGGCUUUCUCAGCGAGUGGUGCUGGAUUCAUCACUCUCCUUGCCAUAGCGUUUGCUGGAGGUGCUUUGAUGGUUUAGAUGGAGGUUAAUGAAUGGAAUGUACUCGUAUUUGCAAGCGAACAAUUCAAAAUGGGUCUUUGAAAGAUA